AUGCCUAUCAAUUCUAUCGGAUCUUAUUCUGACGGACCUGUUGAUUCCGUGGAUUCUGUCAAUUCUGUUGAGUCUGUCGAGUUUAUCGAUUCUGUGGAACCUAUUGAGGAAAUUGAGGAGAUUGAGGAAGACGUUGACAUCUACUCGACGCUCUGUCUUUCUGCUGAUUCCGGCGAAUCCGGCGAAUCUGUUGAAUCUUUCGGAUCUGUGAAUCCUGUCGAAUCUACCGAAUCUAUAUGCCUGUCUGAGAGAGAGUCGAGCCAGUUGGAUACCCAAGUCGGUAACUUCGAUCCCGUGACCCUUCUGAAGAUGGUUAUUCUCCGUUUUCCAUGCCCUGAACAAGGCAUCGAUAUACCGCCUUUCGGUUGGGAGAAUAUCUCGGAAUACAUCGAGAUUUUUGAAGCGGUCUACUCUGAAUUCGGUAUCCACAGACCAAACACGACGAAAAUCUCUCUCUGGAUUCGAUGGCGUGACUACGACACUCGUUUUAUUAUUCGAGCUCUCGAAAGGGAAUAUCCGACGUGGGAUGAGUUAGUUGUUGUUAUGAAGGAGCAUUGGAAUUUCGCCGAUUACACACAACAGAAGGAACCGACUCCUCUGGAGUCUGACUCGCUAGAAUUAGAAUCGUCUACUACAUCCAGUCUGAAAUCCACGAUUGAUACCUCCGAUGCAUUUGCCUUUGAUCAAGGCAAGACAGACUCUACACCAGCUGCGCUGCUUGGUGAAGAGACCACUUCGGAUGAGGAUCUUGCGCCAGAUACAGACUACGAGAAAAAUAUGUUGACCGACGAUUACUGCUUUGAUCAAGUCGCCGAUACAGCAGUCAUACCUCAGAACGUUGAUAUACUUAAUACUGUUGUCCUCGAAGAAUCUCGGCCACCGUCUCAGAAUUCAGCUGUUCGGAUCGAUACUACAGCGCUCACUCAAUUCAAGAGCCCUGAUCAGGACAAGACUGAAGCAGUCGAGAUAUCCAAUUCGAGUCAAGUCGGACGAAUACGCACAGAAUGUUCACACGACAAUACAUCCUUCAAAGACCAUUCGUUACUUCCCCGUCAGUUCGAGAAGAGAGGAGGAAGGACAUACAGCCAGUUUCUGAUGUGCGACGAAUGA